AUGGCUAUAUGCGGAUCACCAAAAGUACCCAGUUCUCAGUCCAUGUUCAACACAAACACAUCGACCCAUAUUAAGAGGAUUGCCAUCAGAAACAUAAUAAUUAUAUGGAUAUUCUCGCUGAUCGGCGCCACACCUCUGGCUCUGUUCACACAAAUUAAUUAUCUCUAUUUGGACUCAAAGACGUUGUCGGAGAGCGCGUGGUGUGGUCUGCCGUUUAAUAAGCCUAAUCUCCAUUGGGAGACAAUAAUGCUGUCGUCAACCAUCAUAUUCUUUCUCAUUCCUCUGACCAUAAUAUCAUUGCUUUACUAUCGAAUCGCCAGAAAACUAAAAAAGGCGACAAAACUUGAUCCUCUCAAUCAUCCGGACCUGCAUUUAGCGGAUCAGCGGACGUCUCGCAAAAUAAUGCAGUCCAGAAAAAUUAUAUAUUCAGUGCUGUCGACAAGAUUUAGGGCCGCAUUCCUACUGUAUGUGAACGGAUGCUGUGCUGUCAACGCGAGCCAAAGCGGGACCGGCAGUCGGAUCAGGAAUAAGGCGAGCGGUAGUAAAAGUAAUAGUAAUAAUAAUUCGGUUGUUGGCGGAGCCGUUGGCCAUACAGUGCCCAAAAACUGUGAUACUAAUGGUGUGACAGCAAAAGUACAUUGGUCAAAAAAUCCCAACUUUCAGGACAAAUGAACGCGUUUUCUGUAUUCAUUAUUUAAAGAAAUCAUCUAUUUUUUGGUUCAAAUUUCCAUUUUUUCACAACUAUUAUAAUAUAAAUGUUAUUGAAUUGUCGACAAAUUUUUAUACAUCUAUUCAUUCAUUUUAUAACUUUAUCC